AAACUUUAAUAUUUUCCCCUUUAUCUUACUGGAUAUUUUUUUAUUUAAGCUGAAAUCAACUUGAAGCAGACAUAAUUGUAGCACCAAAAAACAAUAUCAAAGAGAUCUAUAAUCUGUUAAAAAGUUGUCAGAAAUUAAUUACGGUUGCAUGAAUACGCGUAAAAUUUAUCAUGUGUAUUACAAGUGUGUAUUUUACGUGUGUAUUAUAAAUGUGUAUUACAUGUGUAUUAUAAGUGUUGUCCUUGUUUUUCUCUGCAAAUUAUGUGAAAAAGGUAAGAAAAAUCGAUCGAAAUAACAAAGCAGAUACCUCAUAACAUAAAUUGAUAUAUAAUAAUUAUAUAUUAAAAGAAAAAAUAUAUACCUUUAUAACUAAUUGAAUUUGUAACUAAUUCAUCGUGAUUUAUGAUAUUUAUAAUUAUAUUGUAAUAUAAAAAUUCAACCUUACUGAUUAAAUAAAAUGACACAACAAUAAUAAAUUUAUACUCAUAGUUUUAAUACAAAAAUCUUCUAAAUUUUGCAUAAACACUCAAAAAUUUAUUAAUAUUACGAGUAAUAAUUAAAGUUAAAGCAAAUAUGCUUAAUGAGUUAAGAAGAGUAAUUAAUUUUUUAUCAAUAUAAAGAACUGUUGUUAUGUCAAGUUAUGAUGUUAUGACGUCUGACAUGAUUUUGUCGAAUCAAUAAUUAAUCAUUUCAAUUCAUCAUGUACCAUUAUCACAUACGUAAAAGAACGCUAUAUUUAACAAAGUUAGCGCAGGUGUGCCAUAUCAAAUAAUGCGUCGGCAAGUGAUAGCUAGAAUAAAACCUUGGGCACCUUGCAACAGAUACAAUAAACAAAUUUCGGCUAAUAUAUAAGCAUAUUCGUUUCAGAGAUCGUUACUGUGGAUCAGUCUUGAUCUUCUUGGACGGACCUGGAUUCUCUAUCUUUUUGAAUCAUACAAUUAUUUUUCCGAACUACGAUGGCACGCGUUCUCCUUCUAGUGACAGUGCUGGCAGUUCUGGGUUACAUGAGCCAGGCCACCCCAGUACCAGAAAAUGUGGAAAAGUUUGAAAAUAAAAUCAAAGAACACGAAAAGCUUAAGGAAAACGACUUUCUCAGAGAACAUGUAGAGAAAGCUGAACAAAUGAUAGAAAACAAAUUCCAAAAAGUAAAUACAAUUCUCGAGAGAUUUCUUGAAAAAACGCAAAAAGGAGCCAUGCAAAAUUUACAAUAUGCUCUGACUGCUGGAAUUGAAAACGCCGUCCAAGAAAUCGCUGAUGAAAAAUUAAACGAGGUGUUGAAAGAGCUAUUCAAGCUAGCAGUUUCAAUAAUCAAGAAAGAGAUCUUACGGGAUCUCGAGGCUGUAAAAAACUUCUUGGAAAUGGGUGACAAGCUCUUAAAAGAAAAUUUGGAGAAGUUAAGUGAGAUUUUGGGGAAAGUAACAAAUAAGUUCAAUGAAUAUCUCAAUCUUGUUAAAGAGAAAAUGUUGGAGAAAGUCGGAAAACUGCAAGAAAGGGUGAAGCAUGUAGUUAAUGUAGUGAAAGAGAAACUAGAAAACGUAAUCGGUGAAGGUAAAGAGAAGUUAAUUAAGUCACUCAACGAUCUAAUAACGAAAACGGAUGAAUUGGUUAAACAUGUUAAAAAUAUCGUAAACGACGGUCUCGGUAAGGUAAAAGAUGCAAUAAAGGAUAUGACAAAAGACAUCAUUGGGAAAGCCAAGGACGCUGCUGAAAAAGGUAUAAAGGAUGUAGAAAAACUCGUCGAGGGAACAGCGAACGAGAUCGAUGACAAUUUAAAAAAUAUAGGGAACUCUGUUAAGGAGAUAGGUAAAAAAAACGGACUCAUCGGGGGAGUGAGCGACGGCGUUAAUAAGAUAACGAAAGACGUCGGAGGCUUCGUAGAAGAAACGGGAGACGCUCUUAAGAAUUUCGGUAAAGGCUUUCUACCGAAAAGCAAAAAAGAUUGAUGAAAUAAUGGAAAAUAUAACUCAAGAUGCCAAGGAUACAUUCAACAAUUUGACAGACUAAUCACAUACAUACACACACACACAUACACAGUCAUAGUAUAAAAAAUAUAAUUUAAAAUAUAUAUUCAAUCAAAAUUAAUGUUAGAUUGAUACAAUAUACAUAUUUUUUCAAAUAUUGUUCGGAUAGUUUCUAACAGUUAGGCAUUUUACCGAGCCAAAAUUAAGACUAAAAAUAAAAUCCGCAACAUAUAUCAUGUUGUUUAGGUUUUAAAUGGCGUCUUCAUCUUAACAUCUUCAUUCAAAAUUAUGUUAUGUUUAUUAAAAUUAGUACUUACUAAAAAAAAAAAAAAAUGA